AUGGCUCCCAUGUAUAUUGUUGUUCGAGAGUUUAAGAGGAACAAAACCUCUGCUGCCUUGAAGUUGAGAACGAUGUUACACAGAGCAGAGGUAGUGAAGAGAUCAAAUCAAGAGGAUGUGUUUUUCAUGACGAAGAGUAGUGCAAAAAUGUGUAUCACUACCCUGUCUGACAUCUUCGAGAAAAGAGAGACUGGGGAUUUCUGGGUACCUGCACAGAUCAUCGGUAUAGAGUUUGAUGUUAAUGCUUGGUUUUAUGAGUCCUGCAAAGCACAAAGAUGUAAUAAGAAAUUGGAAAUAAAGAAGGGAAUUUUUGAGUUCAGUAAGUGUGGUAGCAAGUGGCAUGAGGGCAUGUACAGGUAUAAAAUCAAAGUUAGAGUUGUUGAUCUUAAUGGUACAACACCUUUUCUAUUAUGGGAUCAUGAAGCACUGGAUUUGUUGAGUGUAAAAGUUGAUGAAGUGAUAGCAAUGCAACCAAAGGUAAUGACCAAGAUUCCUAACAACUUAAGAGUUUGGUGGGCAAAAGGGUUUUUUUUUUCAGAGGAAGAGGUAGAGAGUCCAAAUGUGAAUGUUGUGAAAGAAGCUACUGUUCCUAUAAUUGAGAAUGAGGUGCUCAAGUCCACUGCAAUGCUUUCAUCUCCGGAGGCAAUGGACUCCUUAAUCUCAACUAAAAUACCUGACAAAGAAAGUGAUCUUGAAUACCACCAAGCAGUUGAGGAGUUUAUGAUACAUGGUCCUUGCCGUAUUGCUAGGAAAACUUCACCUUGCAUGGUUAAUGGGAAAUACUCUAAACAAUUUCCAAAGAAGUUUGUUGAUUCCUCAAGUUUUAAUAAAGAUGGAUACCCAUUAUAUAGAAGACAUGAUGAUGGCAAAACAGUUACACGAAAUGGCAUUCAAUUGGAUAAUCGAGUAAUGCGCCUAACUAAGAAUUUGAGAUUAAAUAAAAUGGAACCUAGUGUGCAUCAUGAGCAAUUAGAAGAGUUUGCUAAUUGGCUAACUUCAAUAAGUGAUGGUACUAUUGGAGUAGAUAACGAUGGUUACGCUGAUUUUGAUAUCCCAUCAAAAUUGUUGUUGCAAUCAGAUGGUGAUCCUAUUUCCACUAUUGUCCGGAGUACUUUCCCCAACUUUACUGGUGCCACCAUGGAUGGAAGUUGUUUUAAGAGCAGUGCAAUUCUAGCACCAACAUUAGAGGUGGUCAAUGAAGUCAACCAAUAUAUGUGA